AAGCUGAAGAAGGCCAAGCCAGCAACUGGCUCUCCGCCAGCCUCUUCUCACCUCCAGAUGGCGCUGCAGAAAGGCUGCUGCAGAGACUACACUUCGGCACUAGACGGCGCCACUCUCUCCCCAAACGAAAGCCAUUCAUCUCGUAAGCCAGCAUUCGCACGAGCAGCGCCGGAUCUCCGAGCUGAGACCUUUUGGCGGGCCAGCCGAAGUUUGACCGCUUCCCUCCCAAAGCGAACCAAAUGUCCAAUUUUGUAAUCUCAAUCCCUGCAUCACAAAACCGACCCCAAACCACAGUCGCAAUUCCUAUUGGCAUCUGGAGCCUCUGCCUUCCCUCCAAGGAGCUUCCAGCGCCUUCGUCCAGCCUGUCUUCACAACAGUCUUGCAAGAUUUGCAGGAAAGGCCCAGAUGGAAGGAGAAUUUGGUCUCCGGGAUGCAGAACCGAAAUGCCGGCUUCCUUUCGAAGAGCAGAUGGGCGCCUGGCUGGUUAGGGGGGAUUUUGACAGCGGCUUCUGCCUUAGACCAAACUUGGAAAUGGCGAGCCGACCUUGAGAGAGACAUUUGCCGUCUCCCAGCUUUUCUCAGGCCAGCAAGCCUGACCCCUUCAGAGGGAGGCCUUGGAAGAAACAGGAGAAGUGCCCAGGGACCCCAGCCUCACCAUGCCCGAAGGAGUCCACCGGGGCAGCACCAAGGAAAGAGGCAGCCCAGCAGCCCCCAGACCCUCCUCUACCUCCUCACUGGCGGGAAUUGGGACCAAGAUGGCGUCGGACCCCAUUCUGGGCAGCUGCACCUCGGUGAACACCGUCUGCUCGGACAGCGACCGCCCCGUCAGCCUCAGUUCUUCGGCAUCCUCCGCCUCUUUGCAGGACGGCUCCAGCGCUUUCGGCAGCAGCGUGGCGCUGGGGGCCUGCCCUACAGGCCCUUACUCCCAGCAAAACGGCAGUGACAUCAGCCUGGAUCUGACCCCCAUGGCGCUGCUGGACCGGCUGGCCGACACUCCAGGAGACGGGCAGCAGUGCUGCGGCUGGGCGCCAGGUCCCGGCUGGGCCAAAGAACGCCGGAUCAAGCUGUCCCAUCUGGACCGGGUGGUGCUGGAGAUUGUGGAAACCGAGCAGGCUUACGUCCGGGAUCUCAGGAGCAUCGUGGAGGAUUACCUGGGCUGCAUUUUCGACUGCGGACAAGUGUCUCUGAAGCCGGAUCAAGUCGGUGCUUUGUUUUGCAACAUCGAGGACAUUUACGAGUUCAACAGCGAGCUGCUGGAAGAUCUGGAGAGGAACACCAGUGCCCACGCAAUUGCCGACUGCUUUGUGCAAAGGAGUGAAGAAUUUGAUAUCUACACUUUGUACUGCAUGAACUACCCCAACUCCGUCUCGGUGCUCCGGCAGUGCAUGGAGGAUGACUCCCUGGCAAAAUUCUUCCGGGAGAGGCAGGCCACUCUCUCGCACUCGCUGCCAUUAGAGACCUACCUUCUCAAGCCGGUCCAGCGAAUUCUGAAGUACCAUCUGCUGCUGCAGGAACUUGCCAAACAUUACGACAAGAGCAGUCCUGGCUACGACUCGGUGGAAGAGGCGAGCAUCACCAUGACGGCCGUGGCUUGGUACAUCAACGACAUGAAGCGGAAACAGGAACAUGCCAGCCGGCUGCAGGAGAUCCAGGGAUUGCUGGCUGGCUGGACUGGUCCAGAGCUGGGGGCCUUUGGGGAGCUGAUCCUGGAGGGUCAGUUCCGGGUGCCGCGAGCCCGCAAGGAGAGGGUCUUCUUCCUUCUCAGCAAGGUCCUGCUGAUCGCCAAGCGGCGCGGAGAGGCCCUGGUCUACAAGAGCCACAUCUUUUGCUGCAACCUGGCGCUCCAGGAGAACACCAAGGACCCUCUGAGCUUCAAAAUCUCCGACCUUUCCAUUCCCAAACAGCAGCACACCGUCCAGGUGAGGAACCAGGAAGAAAAACGACUUUGGAUUCAUUAUCUGAAACGUUUGAUUGUGGAGAAUCAUCCCGCGUCCAUUCCCCAGAAGGCCAAGCAAGUCCUCUUGGAGAACAGCUUCCAGGGCUCCCCAGAUGUGGUCUUCAGCCCCGAGACCCCCAAGAAGCCCCUGCCUUCUCCUCAGCUGGACGAGUCCAGGGCCUGCAUUCGGGGUCGGCGGCAAUCAGAGCCUCCCGAGUCCAUGUACAGUCCCGAGAGAGUCCGGCGGAGCUGCCCCAUUUUACAGCUGGAGAAAAGCGGCUCUUACCGCCGGGGCCGCCGGCGGUCAGAACCAGCCAAGGAAUCUCAGCUCCUAUUUCAUCCAUCGAAUGUGGCCAGGUUAAAGCACGCGGACAGUGAGGGAGACCUCUUCCCCGCCAGCGAGCCCCUCCACUCCUCCAGCAGCUCCUGCACACUGGCCUCAGCCAAACCGGAGGAGGACGCCGAACCUUCGGAUCUGGAAGCAGAGGAGGCCGAAUUCUCCCUGGCACAAGACCCGCUCACCACGAACCUCUCCAUCACCGAGGAGAUCCUGGAAUUGCUUAGCCAGCGGGGCUUGGACAAGGAAACCGGAAUGGAAGGGAGGUUUUGGAAAGAAAGUAGCUCGGAAGCCCCCAGCUCGGCUCUGCAGGAUCAGCUCCUGCCCAACGAUGGCGUAGAAGAACUGGAGGACAAAGUGGAAGAAGAGGAGGAGAAUGGGGUCUUCCAGGAGGAGGCCCCCUCUCUCCUUCCCCAAGGGAGCCCCCUCCAAGAACAGCUGCUCCCCAGGCUCCCCCACCCCUUUGGCAGCGACUCUUCUGAAGAAGAGGACCUCCACCGAACGCAGGAAUCAGCCAGUCCAUCUCCGCUACACGUCCUGGAAGGUCUCCCCUUUGAGGAGACCAGCAGCUCUGCCUCCAUAGGGCAGGAGACCACCCAGGAGGAAAGCCAGACCCCCAGCUCCUCUACCCGGCCACACUCCUGCCCCAUAACCUCCACGGGCGGCUUCGGCAGCGAGGAGAAAAACGAGGAGGAGGACCCCAACCCAACCAGGGACGACUGGGUUCUGCUGGAGAAGAUCCAGAGCUACUACCAAAGUGUGGAAGGGGGCAAGAAGGGGCCGGAGGUCACCAAGGAAGAGGGGGUCCCCCCUGUUCCCCCCGGGGUGGUGCGAGAAUCCGUCCUGCGGUUCAACAACAUCUUGAAGCAGCAGGAGGCUCCGGGAGAGGAAGAGGGAGGAGCCCAGCUCAGAAGGCUCCGCCCUCAAUCCGGCCAGCUGAGCCGGACCCGGAGUCAGUCCUGCAACAGCCAACAUCUUUCCGUCCCCAAAACCACCUCCGGACGGAGUCGGACGCUCACAACAAUCGAGCGGGACCAUUCGGAUGCGGGUCGCUUCCCUGCGCAGCCGGAGAGACCCCAGGUUAAGGGGGAACCCUCUGAUGCGUCGGGGAGAGAAGGAAAGCAGCAGGAGCCGAGUAAUGGAUCGGAGGAGGGUCCCGCCGAGCCCGGGUUCCGAUCGUGUGCGGAGAUCCGGCGGGUUUGGCAGGAGAAGGAGCGGAGCGCGAAGGACGCCCCAAAGGAGGGGGCUCCGGGGGUCAGCCGGAGAGCCUUCUGCUCCCCCGAUCGGCCCCCCUACGCAGAGCCCCUCUGCAUUGUGGAGGAUUCAGACUUGGAGGACCCUUUCCGGGGCCCCAGCAGAGAGCCAGAUGGGAGCGUCCCCCCCGGGCAGCCGAAGGAAGGGUGGGCGAAGGAGGGGGUCCCUGCCUCUGCGGACUUCCUCCCGGCCUUGGGACUCUACCGGGGCGACGGGGAGCCCUGCCUCCUGGAGAACUCCGAGCGGAUAAUCAGCAAGGUCCAGGCCCUGGCCAGGAUGUACAGCGAGAAGAUCGGCCGGCUGAAAGCCCAGAAGGGGGGCCUGGAGAGGCCCGGCGUGCGGCCCCGGGGGUCCCGGCAGACGGCCCUGGGCAGGGGCCAGGUAGCCUUGCAAGAGAGCCGGCCAGGAGGAAGCCUGCCCCAGUGUGAACCCCAAAUCUAUGGCCAUGUGCUCGUCCACGAGUCCCUCCCGCACGUGAUGGGCAUCCAGGAAAACGCGCCUCUGGUGGCCGCCACUCGUGAAACGGCCGUGAUGCUUCGCAGUGACCGACCUUGCCGGCUUCUUUCUCCAGAGAUCCUGGCCUCGCUGCAGCGUGACUCGCACGAACCACUGCCCCCACCUUCGGGGCUCCCCGUAAGAGGAGAGAAGACGCACGCCAAAGCCUCACAACGCAUGGAGCACGAAAACCCGUCUCCCCCUCAGCCAGGCUGGAAUAGGGAGGGGGGCAGUCAGCCUUCCGAGCUCAGAUUGCACCCCGAGUUUUCUGUGGGUGCAGAGCAGGCCAGCCCUGCCCUCCAACUGCAGCAGCGUCUCAGUGACCUCCAUUCUGACAAUGCUUCCGUCUCUUCAGAGCCCCCCGAGGAAGCAAAGACCGUGAUACCCCACUGCCUGUUGGGGGGGCCUUUGGCCCCGGCACCAGAAAAGGGCCACUCCCCGACAAGCACUGGGGGGAGACGCCGUUCGCCCCCUUUUUCGGAGAUCAAGGGACCGGACCGAGAGGCGGCAGGAGUCGGCCAGGAAACCUCUGGGACGCUGCUGGGGGGGCUCCAGCAGGGCCCUCCAAAUCCUACUGCUGCUUCUGGGCCUGCCAAGGCCACCCAGCCCCUGCCGCUGGACUCCUCCGCCGAGGGGCCGCCCUCCCCACCCCAGGAUCCCCUUCCUGCUGCCCCUCCUGAAGUCCCGGCUGGGGCGGAGUCCUCCGUGUGUAUGGCGGGACAAUGCCCGGGGGUGCCGCUCCCCAAAUUCCUCCCCUCCUCCCCCGUCCGCCGGUGCCUCUCCUCCAGCGCUGCCGCCAUUUCUAGGUGCAUCGCCGCUUCUUGCAUCUCUCAAAGCUUGGCCAAGAGGAAUGGCGUCCCUCCCCCCGAGGACCCCCAGGGGCCCUGGCUGCCAGCCGACCCCCUGGCUUCACUCCCCAAGUCGGCACCCAAGCGUUAUCGGAACCCGGGAAGGCCAGAGACGCCCUCCUCCUCCUCUUCCUCCUCUCAGUGCAUCAGCCCUGGGCCCCUCUCCCUGUCCCCAUGCAGACCCUCCUUGCCAGGACCCCCGGCUCUUGAGCGCUGCCCCCCCUUCUCCUCUGCCUCGGCCCCCAACUCUCGUGUGCAGUCCCCCGUGAGGCCCAGGAUGUGUUCACCCCUUCCAGGAGGAGCCCAGCCCUGCACUUUCAGGCCUCUGGGGCUCCACCCGCAGAGGCAGCCCCCCAUCCCCAUGGCCCACCCAGAGCCCUGGACACCAGGCUGUCCCACAGCCUGUUUGAGAACCCAGAGGAGCUUCCUCCCCAGCAACAGGGCAUCCAAAGAACCAGCCCCCAAUGGGGGGCACCAGGAAUUCUUGGGGGGUGCCCACAACGGCUCCGAGGCCUCAUCCGGAAGUGCCCCCCACUCCCACGAACUGGACAGCAUCAGGUGGCCAAACGUGCCGAACCUGUGUUUGAAAUACGUCAACCAAGAGGGGUGGUUGGUCAACCCCCCAAGACUGCAGCUUGAGAUGGGGGAGCGUUGCCCCAAAUGGGGACCCCCCUUAAACCUGGACGCAGUUCGGUUCCCCGAGAAGUGUCCUCAGAAGGCCAGUUACUCCACCACCGUCAACAUCCAGAUUGGGGGCAGCGGGAGGAUCUCCUCGUUCAGUAACGCUCAGGUCAGCCUGACGCAUCCUCUCUCGGCCGCGUUGGAGCUGCAGAGGGUCAACGGUGGGGUGGCCGAGACAUCCCCGAAACCGGGAACCUGAAACCACGAGGCUGGACCUGCCAGCGGAGCCCAACAUCCUAAGAGUGCUGGCUGGAACCGGCCCUGACCACCCGGCCCAACUAGAGGUGCAAAGGGUCAACAGUUGGCGACCCCCAGCCAAGAGAUUGUCUUCUGAGCAUUGAGAAGACAGUGGCAACGUGCCGGACUCCAGGAGAUCCCGAGAAGGGAUCUUGCCUCCUUCCUCCUCGCCAGAUCAAGCCUCCAUUGGCUUCAGUGCCUUGAGAGGGAGAACCAGAAGGCUGGGGAGGGACCGAACUGGAUUCACUGGUAGUUGCAGAAAAGCCGGGCGAGGGUUAAGCGUGGCAAAAACGCUUGAGAGGGGGGAAGGUCGCCAAUUGGGAAUUCUCGAUUGUGUCGCUUCCCGUUUUGCUGGUUCCGAGUCCUUUGGAAAAGAAACAACUGUCACA